AUGCUCCUACUGGGUCCCUUGCCUACCCACAGCCACUUGGAGUCGGCAGCUUUGACGAGCCACCGCGGUUGGAGUGUGUUCCUCAACACACUCAGCGAUCGCGACCUACAUGAUCCUAGCUACGUCGACGAGGGCUUCUUUACUGUCAAGGCCGGUGUGCCCUCUAGAAACGGCGUACGAAAGCAUGCCAUUAUUGACGGCCCUCUUGUCGGGGCAUCAUCGUCGGCGACAGCAUGGAGCAUCUCCGAACGGAGUGGUGCGACAAUAAACGGGCUUUGGGAUAAUGGGGCUAUGUUUGUGAAUCCCAUGGUGGGGGAAAAUAAUCAUAGCUUCGUCGUCACUCUCGGGAUUGUCAGCCGCACUGGCCCAGAAAGUACUCCCGGAACAACGAUCCGACGAACAGGAUACAGAGAACUAUUUAACGCGAUGUCUGGAGUCAUGAAGACCAUUGACUGUUCACACUCAGUUAUCAAUGACCAACCUGUUACAUUGCAACCAGGAUGGGCGGCAAGUAUGGAUAUCAACGAUAUAUCCCCGCCUCCGCCUGUACACGAGAAAAUCGUUAUACUUUUGACCGCCAGAAAUAGGGCCGCUCGUUGGAGAGCAUUAAUCGGCGUGUCGAUGUUACUUCUGCAACAUCGUGGCACACCAGGAGCCCGACGCACGAUGCUAAGGAGCCCGGGUUGCUGUUUACGAUGUGCUGUAGAGCAGACGGUUCUCGAGGAUGGCCUCUGGUGGCUGAUAUUGUAA